GCCCUCCCCCGCCUCCCCACAGCCCGAGCGCCUCUGCAAGGUUCAGCUACCCCCCGGAAGUGCUACAGGCACCAGGACGGUGACAGCGACGCAGCAGCUGGACAGCAGCGGCCCCACAGGUCUCCUUGGCCUCACUUUAUGGACAAGACACCCUGAAGCAUGGAGAAAUGGACUUAUUGCCCAAUGUCAUGGCCCAGGCACUGACUACUGGAACUGAUUAUCAAAUCUGCAUCUUCUAAAGCCUGUGGCCUGCACUCUGCGUGUUUCCUCAUCUCUUUGUUGGCCUCGACAGAGUCUUACUCAUUUGUAGAGCAACUCAGACCCCCAGCCGUCUUGGAGAGGCUGCAGUGCACAGCGCGGGGAGGGCAGCUGACUUGGAGUCUACAGUGCUGGGUUUGAGUCCCAGCCUGACCACUGGCCUGCUAUAACCCCAGGCCAACUCUUAGUGGUUUCCAGUUUCCCCACGAUCCACUGGAACCAUCUUGGACAUCAGGGCAGAAGCCGGUUCUCAGAAGAGACCGGGUACAAGGCAUGGAUUGCCGGGGGGCCUUUUUCCUCUGCCUGUGCUUCAUGACUUCUCAGAGUGAGACAAUGGACACAUCCCAAGAACCCCUGCGAUGCAUGAAGAAACUGGAGACCAUAUCCAAAGGCCGCAGACUGGCUUCUCUUCCUGACAACAUCCGGGAACUGGAGAACAGCCUGUUGAAUGCCAGCUUCAGGGGCAACAACCUGACCUUGCAGACACGUUCUAUCCAGUCACUGAUCUUCAAGCUGGGCUGCGGCUUCGCAGGCCUCUCACUGAACAGCACCACCAUGGAGCAGUACUCCCAGGCUGGGGUCUCCCACGCCAUGCACUUCCCGGCAGAGCUGACCAAGGACACCUGCAGGGCCCGCCCCAGGGAGCUGCGUCUCAUCUGCAUCUACUUCUCCACAGCCUACUUUUUCCAGAAUGCCAACUCACUUGUGCUCAAUAACUGCGUCUUGGGGGCCCAGCUGGGACAGGGACACGUGAGCAACCUCAACGAGCCUAUCAGCAUCAGCUUCCAGCACAACCAGAGUCUGGAAGGCUACAAGGUGACCUGUGUCUUCUGGAAGGAAGGAGCCAGUAAACGUUACUGGGGGGUCUGGAGCCCUGAGGGCUGUCGCACAGAGCAGCUCUCACCUUCCAGGGUGCUCUGCCGCUGCAAUCACCUCAGCUACUUUGCUGUUCUCAUGCAGCUGUCCCAAGCCCCGGUCCCCAGAGAGCUGCUGGUGCCUCUCAUAUACAUCUCCCUGGUGGGCUGCAGCAUCUCCAUUGUGUCCUCGAUUCUCACUGUCCUGCUGCACUUCCAAGCCAGGAAGCAGGGCGACUCCAUGACACGCAUACACAUGAACCUGCACGCCUCCGUGCUGCUCCUGAAUGUCGCCUUCCUGCUGAGUCCUCUGCCGGCCACACCCCCUGUGCCUGGGUCAGCGUGCACAGCAGUGGCUGCCAUCCUGCACUUUGCACUGCUCAGCUGCCUCACCUGGACGGCCAUCGAAGGCUUCAAUCUCUACCUGCUCCUUGGGCGCGUCUACAACAUCUACAUCCGCCGAUACUUGCUCAAGCUCUGUGCAGUGGGCUGGGGGGUCCCAGCCCUGCUGGUCCUGCUCCUUGUUGUUGAGAGCUCAGCAUAUGGACCCUGCACAAUUCCAGUCUCCGGCAGCCAAGAAAAUGGCACGGGCUUCCAGAACAUGUCCAUGUGCUGGGUGCAGAACCGCUGGGUGCACAGUAUCUUGGUCAUGGGCUACGGUGGCCUCACGUCUCUUUUCAACCUGGUGGUGCUGGUCUGGGCGUUGCGGGUGCUGCAGCGGCUGCGGGCCCAGGACAGGGCGCUGAACCUGCGGGCCUGCCGGGACAGCGUCACCGUGCUGGGCCUCACCGUGCUGCUGGGCACCACCUGGGCCUUGGCUUUCUUCUCCUUUGACGUCUUCCUGCUGCCCCAGCUCUUCCUCUUCACCACGUUCAACUCGCUGUAUGGUUUCUUCCUCUUCCUGUGGUUCUGCUCCCAGAGGCGCCACUCCGAGGCAGAGAUGGAGACAGAGAUGGAGGGGUUCAGCUCCUCCCAGACGAUGCUGUAGUCUGGGCCUCCUCGUCCAGAAGGCCUCGCCUCUCUGGCCGCCUGCAGCCCGAGGCUCUGGGCUCCCCCAGAGAAGGUGGCAGGCCAGCUGCUGGACACCAGGGGCCCCUGUGGCCUCCAGGGAGGCUUUUCUACCUCCAUGGCUUCCCCAGGCCCAGAGGGCAGUGCGCUGCUCUGCCUCCCCUGGCUUCCUGGGGAUGGGAAGGCAGAGCCUCUUUCCUCGCCUCCUGAGGCAGGUGGCCCUCUGAUAAUUGGGUAGGUUUGAAUUGCCCCUGGUAGGCGUGACCGUAUGGAGUCUAAAACCAAGCUCAGGCUACAAUUGUGGAGAAUGAGCAUUGCCCUUGACCUCUGUCCGAGCAAGAGGGAGAGGGCUCCUAAAGCCAGCUCCAUUCCUGGCUUGCACACCAGGGGGAGCUGUUGGCCUGUGCACAGAAGCCAUUGGCUCCCCGAAUCCUAUCUGGAAAUACUGCUGCCUGUCUGGGGACAUGACACACCAGAUGGAAGGGGUCCGGCUUCCGGGACUGCUCCUGCUGAGUGACCGAAGAAAGGAUUCUCGCACUGUUUGCACACCCAUUUCUCUUUUCCCAACGCAGCUGUUCGCUCUGGGUCUUGGAGUCUUGGGCAUCCAUGGCGCUAGAGCAGGUGGGCUGGGGGAGGCACUCAGAGCCCUGCUGCAGGCCAUCAGACAGGUAAUAACGACUUUGGAUGGCAUGGUGAGAGUCCUGGAGCCAGAUCCCUUUUCUCCUGGGGGUGGGGGCGGGGAUCCUCUGCUCUCUGUUUAUUUCUGGAUGCCCAUAGCCCUUGGCCAGCUGGUGAGUGCUGUAGGCUCUGGAACCCGACUGCCUGGGUUCAAAUGGCCUUACCAUUUGCUAACUGUGUGACUGUGGACAGACCACUCAAGCUCUCUGGGCCUUAGUUUUCCCAUCUGUAGAGUAGGGGCUGUUGUGGUGCUGAUUUUGAAGAUGAAAAAAAGAAUCCAUAUAAAGAGGCUUAGCAAGUAGGAAGUGCUCAAUAAAUCAUUAUUAUUGUUA